AUGCUGUGGAAUAACGAGGAACUUUACUCAGAAAUGGAUGUGAUGUAUCCGCGGAUGGCACAAGGAGAGUAUCAACAUAUUCCCGUCCUCUCUAAAUCAGUGGUAAAAAACCGUCUUCGAUUUCUUAGUCACAAUAUAGGAAGGUCAUUAGAUCGCCUUUUUCAAGCUGCCUUGAAGUUGCUCACAGACACAAACUGGAAAAGGCCACUUGGACGUGGAUGCAAGUUGUGGACGGAAGUGAUGAAGGAAGAUUUGAAGAAGCUUGGGAUCGAUAGGCAGUUCGGAUGA